UAGCGGCCCGCAGCCGCCGCCUCUUCCUGCUCCCGGCCCGGCGCCAUGGGGGCGGCUGUCGGCGCGGACGGCCGGGAGGGGGCAGCGGCGGCGGCUCCGCUGGAUGCCGGGUGCGGGCUGCCCCGGGGGGCUGGCAGCCCUGCGGCGUCCCAGGACAAGCUCUUCUUAAUCAAAGGUGGAAUUUUUCUAGGUACCGUUGCUACAGCAGGAAUGAUGGCAGGUUUUGGCACCACACUUGCCAUGACAAAAAAGAAGAACCCAGACUGGUUCAGUAAGGGGAUUACUGCCACAGCUGCACUACCAGAGAGUGGUUCAUCACUGGCCUUACGAGCCCUAGGAUGGGGCUCCCUCUAUGCGUGGUGCGGAGUUGGAUUGCUAAGUUUUGCCAUCUGGAAGGCUCUGGGUGUGCACAGUGUUCAGAAGCAACAGCUAAGAGAGUGGCCUGCAGUACUGAAGGCAGCAGAACGAGAUGAAAGAAUUCCGAACUAAAAUGCAGUCAAUGUUUCCUGCAAUUCCUAAAAAUAGUGAGUCCACUGUUGAAUGGGAAGACUUACUUAAAUCAAAGUGAAAGACUCAGAGCCAUUUGGAGAUGUCUCGUUCAGCAAGAACAGGAGCAGAAGUAGCAGAAGUGUCCCAUCUGAAAAAUAAAGAAAACUCAGACUGAGCAAGUUACUGACUGAGUUCACUGAACCCGGGGACACCAGUUAACAUGUAGCAGCAAGGGAAUUAAAAACAAAACAAAAACAAUUUAUAUUGUGGUUUUCAGUGUGCUUGGUAUAGUUGAUUUGUGAGGAAAUAAACCCUCCAAGAUAAGUUGGUUCCAACUUGAAAAAAGACUUUCUCUUAUGAACACUUAAAGUAGAAACUGAUCUUCAGUAGGAAAUACAAGGACAAAACCCCAAUAAACUCUUAUCCCAUCCUGUGUCUUAAGAGGAAUUUUAGGAAAUUUCUGUAGGAGACAGAUAACAGUACUUUGAGUGACAUUUACAUGUUCAAUUAAGAAUAUGACCAUCAAGUCAAUUGUAACAGAUCUGUUACUGAGCCUGAAGGUAAAGCAUACCACUCUUCUAAAAAUAAAGGAGCUACUUAAAUUUGCAACAGAGAAAGUAUCUAAGCCAAAUUAUUUUUGUAUGUCUGAAGGGAAAGUUUAAAACAUCCAAUAUGCAAGACAUACUGAGCUGCUCUAUAGAGCAUCAGAAGAGAGCUCUACAAAGUGCAGUUUUCUCAGUAUUAGCUUUUUUAUUGGAUUACACAAUACUGAACCAGACAGUUUGCAUAAAACUCUUUAGUAUAUUUGUAUAGCAAUUUAAGUUGUCAGUGAAGAUAGUAUAAAACAGUGAGAUACCCGUCUGUCCUACAAGUAUUUUCAGCUAAGAAAGUGUAUGGGCAGGGCUUGUUUUUUUCUGUUUCAGUGGUUCCUGUGGAUCUUCCAUCAGGAGAAGCAACAUGACAUUUUCCACACUGCAGCAAUCUCAUGAAGUGUGGGUGUAAACUGGGAAGAAUAAUGUCUUAUUCAAACAUUGUGUUUGCAGAACUGUAGAUCUGUAAAAAUGCAGAAAGAAUAAUAAAAAAAGCUAUCAGUGAACAAUCCUUUGUUGAAUUUGCAGUUAUCUGGAUUUUUUUUAUUAAUUGCACACAGUCCAGUUAGUAGGUUGUCAGGUUUAAUAAAGUUCUCUUAAAACCUG